AUGGAGCUCGCUCUUCCCGUCAAAAUCGAUACAGGAACCAAAAAGGAAUAUGCGUUUGAAAUACCUUCCAAAUGCAAAGCAAACGUGACCAAUCGGUGCAACCUCAACGUUGUCAGAAAAGUAUUUGACAAUUUAAACGAUGCACAUCAAGAUCGAUUUGCAGAGUCUUGCUUCCGGCCACUAAUAAAUAUUACCGAGAUCAUAUUGUCCUCCCAAAUAGUCCACCAAGUACUUCGUAGGACAUUGAAAGCGUCCGAAGAUGACAAAGAUGCCGUGUGGUUCAGAUUUGGGGAAAAAGAAGCUAGAUUCGGGUUACAAGAGUUUUCUCUUGUAACUGGAUUUAAGAUUGCAGCGGAUGAUGAAAAUGCGUACGAGGUCCCCAAUAAUAACAGUUCGCUUUUGCAACUGUUCAAGAAGAAGAAGGGGAAGAUCAAACGCAGUGACUUACUCGAGAAAUUUCUUACGCUGAAAAAAAAAGAAAGACGCGGAGACAAAGUACAAAUUGGGACUCAGUUGGAGACUCUAGUAGAUGAAAGAUGGUUUAACUUAGUUGAAGAUUUAGAAAAAUUCAACAGUUAUCCUUGGGGCAACUUGUCGUAUCAGCAGACUGUAAAGUUGUUCAAGCGGACCUCUUUCGGGAAGGGAAAAAAUCCAGAGUCCAUAAACUAUUCUUUGCAUGGAUUUCCCCUGGCUAUUAUGAUUUGGGCAUUUGAGGCGCUACCCGACUUAGGAAGAGAAUUUGCCCAAUUAAAUACUGGUGUCCAACUUCCAAGAAUGUACUGUUGGAAAAUGGAGAAACAGUUGCGAGGCGAGCUGCUUACUACUUUUUUCGAGAGGGCGGAGAUUCAAGUUCGACGAACAUUGGAACCCUCUUCAUAUGAAUGUGAGUCUUCGUAUUUCAACGAAUUGGGUAUAAUUGUCGAGGAAGAAGAUAGUGGCCGUCAUGAUGAGGAUGAAGAAGGCACUGCUACCAAAGAUGAGGGAGAAGGCAGUGCAUCUUCUAAAGGUGAUGAUGAUGAUGAUGAUGUGGAUGAUGAGGAAGAAGAAGAAGAAGAAGAAAAGGAAGGAAAAGAAGAAGAAGAAAAAGAAAAUGCGUCUCAACCUGAAGAUGCACCACAACCUCAUGUUUUGGAUGAAGAAAAGAUCACAAAUAUAGUGAGGAAAGUGGUGAAGGACGAGGUGAGAAAAGUGGUGAAGGAGGAGAUGAACAAUUUGUUUGAGAGAAUGAAGAAUGAGCUUUUUGAAGCAAAAGAUAAACCAUCUAGCCGUGCUACUUAUGAUGUGCCAAAUGAUGAUCCGGAUGUUGAGGUGGAGAAAAAUGUGCGGGAUACGGAGACCGUUGAAUGUGACACGAUGAAAUCACCAUCUCCGAAGUCCGAGCAAGAAAUGGCAGGACUUCAUGGAUUUGAUACGGGUUUUGUGACCGACCCGUCAUCAACCAUUGUUGUGUACCAAGAGAGACAACCGCCGACACCAAUCGAGAUAGAGGACACCGUUGAAGAUCUUGAGUCUCCUAAAGGGAGAGGGCACCGGAAGAAAAGAAAGACCGCCGUUCUAUGUACUCCGUGGAGGAAUAUUGAAAAAAGGAAAAAAAUUUCAACUGUGACGGAGUACGACCCUUAUAGGCCAGUGGAUCCAGCUAAACUUGAAGAUCUCCAAACCUGGUUGUCGAGCUACCCUGAAAGUGCUGAAGUUGAGUUGUCCUUUGGUGGUGGUCGAGCACGUAAACAUGUAGAUGAAGCGCUUUUUCACAUUCGAGAGCGUGGUAAACAGUUCCCUCUCUUGUUUAGACAAUAUUGUGCUGUCUUGGACACGGUUUUUGUCUCGUACGUGAGAAAAUUCUUCAAAGACAUGUUGAAGACUAAAAAUUUUCCGAAGGCCUUGCGUAGUUACGCCGCAGGGGGGAUACCCAGUAAUGGAAAGCCGUGGGCUGGUUGUACGAAAUUGUAUGUUCCUUUCUGCAAAGAGGGCGGUGGCCACUGGAUCGCACUGGAGAUUGAUUUAUCCCAUAGAUGCAUUUACGUCUAUGAUAGCGAAACAAGUGUCAUGCGGAGGGCAGAACUGGAGAGGCAACUUGAGCCCAUUCGAGUUGUCGUACCGAUGCUACUGGCACAGCUGAAUGCCAAUUACAGUGGUGAAAAGUUUGAGUACAAACGGUUGACAUCUCCUAGCCAAAGCAAUGGGUUUGAUUGUGGGAUGUUUACUAUCAAGUUUAUAGAAUUUUUGCAUGCUGGGAAGAAUGUUGAAGGCGUCGAUCAAUCUCGGAUUAGUGAUUGGCGUGUUAAACUAGCGUCUGAAAUAUUUGGUGCUCAUUUUGAUCCAUAG